AUGAAGACUUAUUCGCAGAGUCUUCCGACGUAUCCACCUGCCAAAAGUGCGAUGGAGGCAGCAGAGAAUGGACUGGCGUUCUAUCGCCACUUGCAGUCGAGUGAUGGCCAUUUUGCCGGUGAAUAUGGCGGACCCAUGUUUCUCUUGCCUGGACUCGUGAUCGGCAUGUAUGUAACAGAGACGCCGAUUCCUGAGCCAUGGCGGAUUGAAAUUGCUCGCUACCUGUGGCACCGGCGGCAUCCCGAGGAUGGCGGCUGGGGCAUUCACAUCGAGGGUCAUUCCACCGUGUUUGGCACAGCACUGAACUAUGUGGUGCUACGUCUUGUGGGUGUCCCUGCUGAGCAUCCUAUGAUGGUGCAGGCGCGAGGCACACUGUGGAAGCUGGGGGGCGCUGCAGGUAUUCCCAGCUGGGGUAAGCUGUGGCUUGCCGUGUUGAACGUGUACGACUGGGAAGGUCUGAAUCCCAUUCCGCCAGAGCUGUGGGUCCUGCCUGACUUCGUUCCGAUUCACCCAUGGCGCUGGUGGGUUCACACACGCAUGGUAUACUUGCCGAUGGGCUUCCUGUAUGGGAAGCGGUUUACGGCGCCUGUCACUCCGCUUAUCGAGUCGCUACGGGCAGAGCUGUACCCGACCGCGUACAAGGAUAUUGACUGGCCUGCGCAGCGGAACCAUGUCGCGAGUGUUGAUUUGUAUGCACCGCAUACUCGUGUGGUGAAUGCCUUGUUCUACGUGCUCGGCAAAUACGAGCACAUUCACAUUCCAUCACUCCGUGAGGCAGGAAUGAAGCGAGCGUACGAACUGAUUGUGAAGGAGGAUAGCAACACAAGUUUCCAGUGUCUUGGUCCUGUGAACAAGAUGCUGAACUACAUUGUACGCUGGAUUGUCGAUGGUCCGAACAGUGAGGCCAUGGAACGUCACCGCGAGAAACUCAAAGACUUUGCGUGGAUGGGUGCAGAAGGACUUAUGAUGACUGGGACGAAUGGAAGUCAGCUGUGGGAUACGUCAUUUAUCGCCCAGGCUAUGUGUGAGUCGGGACUCUCUGCGAAACCAGCGAAUCACGAGAUUUGUAGACGCAUCUUAUCAUGGCUUGAUAUGUGCCAGAUCCGUGAGAAUCCUCGUUUUCAUCGCACAGCGUAUCGGUUCGCGACCAAGGGAGCCUGGCCUUUCAGCACGCGUGAGCAGGGCUACACGGUUAGCGACUGCACGGCCGAGGGUCUGAAAGGUGUUUUGAUGCUUCAGGAAGCGAGUGGCGCAUCGCUGGGCAGACCGGUGUCUCAGCGUCGGCUACGAGAUACUGUGGAUCUGCUGCUGUCGAUGCAGAAUCCAGGUGGCGGUUAUGCAUCGUACGAAACGAUCAACGGGCCCAGCUUCACGGAGUGGCUCAAUCCAGCCGAAGUGUUUGGGAAUAUCAUGGUCGAAUAUGCAUACCCGGAGUGUACGACGUCAGUGGUGUCAGGAUUGCGCAUGUUCCAGCAGUAUGACGACUACCGCUCAGCUGAGAUUGAUGCCGCUGUCGAAAGGGCUGUCAAGUAUAUUCUAGGCGCGCAACGACCAGAUGGAUCCUGGUACGGCUCGUGGGCUAUAUGUUUCACGUAUGCUGCGAUGUUUGCUCUUGAAAGCCUAAAGCACGCUGGCUAUACGUAUGAGAACAGUGAGCCUGUACGCCGAGCAUGCACAUUUUUGCUGAGCAAGCAGCGUGAGGAUGGUGGCUGGGGCGAGAGUUACAAGUCUUGUGAAACGCACGAAUACGUGCAAUCUGACUCACAAGUCGUACAGACGUCCUGGGCGAUCAUUGGGCUCUUGCAUGCAGGAUAUCCCGAGGCAAAGCCGAUCCAACGAGCCGUUACUUUGAUCAUGCAGCGCCAGCUUCCCGAUGGAUCGUGGGCACAGGAGCAAAUUGAGGGCAUCUUUAACCAGUAA